AUGACGCUCAAUUAUUCACCCCAUCCGUUCUUCCCCUCCGCGUCUGCCUCAGCCGGAUCGCUGCCUUGGUCGUUCUUCCUUGAUAAGGGGCUCGAGAGGGAACCAUGUAGGCCUCAGGAUUGCUUCUAUUGCUGGACGGCCGAGAGAGGGGGCGCAGGAGUUGCUGGUAUUUGUGCAGGGUUCUUCCAUGAUCCAUCACCACCACCACCGCCACCAACACCACCACCAACUCCGAGCACACCAAUCUACGAGGAUGUGGCAGAUCUUCUCCCGGCUGAUCCGUUUGGGAUGGGUAUGACUGCUGACCCAACAACCUGGACGGUCGCCAUUGCUGGCUGGAUCGAGGAGCUUGCUACCACCAUGGCGGAUCAUGUCGGUUAUGGUGAAUCUGGCGACGUCCAUUGCAGUGUUAUUGACAAUUGUGAUUACUACAUGUGCAACCAAGCUGUGGCUGCAUCAGCUGCAUGGUUAUGUCCAGUGCCAGGCUGCGAGCUAGGUGCUAGGUCGGGUUGCACUGAAUCAGGGGUUAUGAGACAGCCUCUGGUAAACUCAUACUGUGGGGAGGAGUGUGUGCAAGGGAUAAUCCAUGAUGGAGAGAUGGAGGGCCUGAAGUUCAGCAGGGAAGAGGAGGAGCCAACUGUUGGUUGUGGCUCUGGGAAGUGUCGCUCCAGUGGGUGGGGUGAUGUUCAUAGUGGCACAGGUGCUCCCCAUGAUGGUCUUACCUUUGCACUUGCUUAUUUGGAUAUCCCAGACCUUCUAUCAGUGGAGAGGGUCUGCAAGACAUUGCACUAUACAGUUCGGGAAGACCCACUUUUGUGGAGGUGCAUACACAUAGGUCCUCCCUUGAAUAAUAUGAUCACAGAUGACAGUCUCUUACGAUUGACUUGGAGAGCUAAAGGCAGUCUGGAGUGCUUGAGCCUCACAGAGUGUUCACAAAUAACUGACAGUUGUCUGAGCCGCAUACUGAAGGACAACCUGAAACUCAGAAAGGUUGGUCUUGUUUUGCCAUUAGCAAUUUUGUGUGGAGGUUUUGUUCCCUUUUUUCGUCUGUGUUGUAUGAUCUUUUGCUUUGAGCAUCUUUUGACUACUAUUUUCGCUGGCCGUAUACUAAUAUGCUCUGAGGUUUGACUACUUGUUCAUUAUUUUUCAUCCGCCUAUUUAUGGUUAGAAAGUUUCGGCUAUUUUGACUGGCUGGUUAUCAUUUAUAUUUAUCGUUAGAAAGUUCCAAAUAUUUAUAUCGUGUCAGUGUAUGGCCAUUUUAUUGGUGCCAGUGGUAGUCAUAAUAGUUUGAUAAACCUAUUUCUACUGCUCUUGAUUGCCAUUUUUUUCUUUUCAGUUGGUUGGACUGUACUUAUUGUACACAAUAUUUUUUGGCCUUAAAAUACACCAUUAAUUUUUAUUUGAACUAUGCAUUGUUUCGCUGCAAGUUCAAUAUCUUGAAAUGUGAAUUUUUUUAAUGCAGGCAUAUAAGCAAAAUCUAUGCCCCUAUUUUUUACGCAAUCUGAAGAGAAACCAGAACAUAAAGAAGUUCAUAGUUAUUUAAAAACUUUUAUGGUGAUCUCAUUUGGAGUCAGAGAACCAUUGGUUCUCGUGUAAUUUUUUUUUAGGUGUGGAUAUUAUUUUUUCCACCAUUUUUUGCUUUCCAUAUGUCAUGCUGAUGUUUAUAAUAUUUCCCUCGUUCUAAUUUGGUUGUACGAUGUGGUAUCGCAACCCCACCUGUAUGCCUUACCUGUAAAACACAUCCUUGCGCUCAUGGAACCUAGUUUCGGUCCUCAUUCUCUUUUCAAAAUUUUGUUUUUUGGUCCUUCAUCUUGCAAAAGAGAUCUUCUUGCCUAAUGGUUUUCUUGCCAAAUAUUUCCCUUGCCUUCAUUCUUCUGAAGAACUGAAUAAUAUACUAUCAGCCAAACUAAUCCCAGCAAACAUUGUGGGAUUCAGUGUCAAGUUCAGGGCCAUUUCACAUCUACUCUGUCAUCCAAUCAGGUAAUCAAGGUCAUCUAAUCAUCAAUCAUGUCUGAUGAUUGGCGGGUCCUCAACGGUUUCAUAUUCCUAUAAUCUUUAAGCAUUCAUUUUAAUGGUUGGGUCUUAUAUUUAAACAUGAUGUCCGCUUUGUUGCAUUAUAAUCUUUCCCAUUUGAGGAUUUUUAAGCAAAAAAAUGCUCGGACUUUUCUUGAUUGAUCUGGAAUCAUCGUUUGUGCUGCAUCCUUUGUUUGGUGGCUCCUAUUUUAUAUUUUUCUGAGGGAUUAUAUUCUAUUGAUUAUUUGGAAAAUUCACUCCCGGAAGGAUGGAUGUACACUUAUCCCUUUGCUGGCUUGGAAAAUGACAUCAAAUUGUGUAGGCUUUGCCUCUUAUCAAUCCCAAUGCCUCAGACUGUGUGCUUCUCAAAUGCUGCUUGAACCAUUGUCAUAUGCGGUCUUAAAGGAGCAUUUUGAAUGUCUGUUCAGUGAGGUCUGCCACUCGUCUUUUAAUGAGCGUCCUCUUUCCUCUGUCAAACUUACCCUAUCUGGCCGCCAUCACCAUUCUGGGUAUCAUCCACUCGAAAGCACUCCGCACGAUUUGUGAUACCAUUUCUUGAAGCCAAACCCUGGAGUCUUGUGAUGCCUUUUGGAUUCCCUUAGGAGACAUUUAGGCUGCCUUCUUCCAUUUCUGUCAUGGUUUUGGGUAGUAUUUUCCUCUUGUGCCCAAGGAAUAAUGUUCGUGGAUAUAUUUAUACAUAAUUCCUUGCGAAGCUACUUUGUAUCAAAUCCGAUGCCCACGGCUUUAUUUGAAGUGUGCCAAGAUCAAAAUCAGCAAACGUAAUGGAAAUUAUUAGAAGCCCCUAUCAUCUUUGAACGGCAAUUUGAUUCUACUUUCCCCUGGAUAGAAAUUAUCUGCAUAUUAAUCUCGUUCAGAUGCUAUUCUCACUCCCUGUAAGGUUAUUAAGUUCUAUGCUUAACCCCCUGGAUUCUCUUUCUUUCUUCGUGUAGCUAAGUGUCCCGGGCUGCACAAAACUCAGUAUCAAGGGCGUUAUGAAUAAUCUAAGGAUCCUCAAGCCCCUGGCGGUCCCCGGGAUAAGGCACCUCGCUGUGGGCGGUCUCUACAACAUAAAGAGGGAGCACUACGACGAGUUGAAGACCCUACUGUGUCUGGACGGCCGCCCACAGCUUGGAGCUCGGAAGCCAAGAUUCUAUCAUCUCCGCCGCUCGGCCACCUGCAGUGGUGCCGAUGGCCCCACCAUAGACAUCGAAGCCUGCCCGGUGUGUGAGAACAUCCGAGUCAUCUACGAUUGCCCACUGGCCGACUGUCGGAGGGGGCCCUCUGGGCGAUGCCGAGCCUGCUCGAUAUGCAUCUCCAGGUGCAAUCAGUGCGGGCGGUGCAUCCACGGUCACGAGUAUGAGGAGACCUUCUUCCUCGAGUGGAUUUGCUUCCCCUGCAUGAACUACUUGCCUUCUUCCUCUCCUGCUAGUGAAGGCUGA